AUGUCACUUCGCAGCGAACAGCCUAUCUACGAGUCGUCCAGAGCACGCUGUGAAAGGGAUUUGGUCCAUGAGGUGCAACUUCUUACGUUUGAUGUGAGCCAUCAAUACGUUUUGCUUGUGGCAAGUGGUCCUGAUCAGUGGAGGCUUCCGGGAUUUCUUUCUAAAGAAGUAUCUGACAGCUCGAUAGAGGGUGUGUGCAGCGCUGCCAAGACAGUCAUUGGUAUCGAAUUUCCGUUUCUUGUUCUUCGACAUUGUUACUCUGAGGAGUUGUCCGUUGAAACGCCUAAUCUUUCAGCUACUAAGGUCCGCGCCAUUCUCGUUGCUCAGUGCCAUGAGAAAUCUCAAGAAGUGCCUUCUGGAUGCAGUUGGGUGACCAUCACCAAUGAUCACAGAGGGGGUGUCGUCCAUGUGUCGCACUCGGAGAAAGAAGCGGAGCAAGCCAUUCGGCGAGAACUGGAACAGACCGUAGCCAACGUUACGCCGCCUAGACGGGUGCCUUGGGCCUCUGUUGGAUGGUAUCAAGAAACGCUUCGAAAGGUGCGCGAAAUAUUUGAUGGACACAAUGUGCAUGUGAUGGGGGAAUUGGUUCAGAUCCGUGCGUCAUCCAGAGGAGCCGUGCUAAGGAUCAAGACGAAUGAGAGUGAUUACUACCUUAAAUGCAGUGCAUCCACGUCGAACGAUGCUGGAGUCACGUCAAUAAUGUCUAACGUUGUUCCUGAUCUUGUCGCCAAGCCGUUGUUCGCAGAUGUGGAACGUCGUCAAAUGAUCCUUGUGGACCACGGUGACGAGACUAGCUUCUGUGGAUUGGAAGAUGAAGGGCGUAAGCAGGGCGUAAGAGAUCUGGCGCGUCUGCACCGCGCAAGCGCAAAGGUGUUGCCUGAUUUGUUGGAGGCCGGACUACCAUGUUAUUCACCACUGUGGAUGCGUGAGAACUUGAACUCACUUUUUCAGUGUAAGGAGCUUUUGCCCAUGCUAGAAACGGAAGAAAGGCAGAAACUGUCGAGCAUCAAGGUGAAGCUGCAAGAUGAUCUGACGGAACUUAUUGAUUUGGAAAUGCCCACCUGUUUGAUACACAAUGACACGACCAGUGGGAACCUAACCAGGAAGGGCGCCGAUGAGGGUCCAGGGGUCCGGUUUUUCGACUUUGACAGCUCUUUCGCAGGCCAUCCUUUGUUUGAUGUUGACUGGUGCAACCGAUAUACCCUAGAGGUCUAUGCACAGGAAAUGGACAUAGCUGACAUUGACGGAUUGCUUGGAUUGACUGGGAAAGUAUUCUUCAACCUUGCGCCGCUCGUGGAAGCAUAUAGAUACUUGGAUAUGGUUAGGGAGGAGGAAGACGGUGCUCCCCGGGAAGACGCCCUUCACUGGCUAGAGGACAGUGUUCGUUCCUUGCUGCCGUGACCGAAGAAGGAAAGGGUGACCGCAUAUUUUUGGGCUGCGUUGACGUGUACGACGGUGUAGUCUGGGGCGAGGCGCUCUGCACGUGGCAUCAGCUGUAUGCGCUUUAUAAUGAGUACAAAGAAGGUGCGAAAGUUUUGGCGGGAGCAUCAUCGUCAGGACGACAAGUAGAGGAGGCAUGAAAGUCUUCAUGGCCGGGUGAUGCUUGCAAAACAAGAACUGAGUUUUUGUUUUGCAUGCAUCACCGGGCUAUACGAAGCGCUGGUCCAUCUUCUGACAACGAGACGUACGCACACUACACUGCGGUUGCCGCAUUCGUACCAGACGGAGCACAAGGAGGGGGCUCGUUGACUGGUCACACGGACAGGAGGCACAGUGUUGGCAUCAGUGCGGACGGAAGACAUGUGAUGUUUGCAUCCUGGGACGAGAAUGUGAGGGUGUGGGACGUGGAUAGAGGGAUCACACUUGGUAGCGGGUGGGCAAAGGACUAGGAAGACAUCACGAAUCGAAUUCUGAGGACCGUAGACGUGGGCACUGUGUUGUACAGGACAAACAUCGCAAAUAACUGUACGCAAGGGAAGAGUUGCGCGAAAGCGAGAGGACGGGUCUGAGGCUGUCCUGGCUCCAUUAGAGAUCUCUAAUCGACUACAGAAGACUCACUGAUAUGGCACGAUCAUGUAGUGGUAGUUGCAGCGGUGGCUAAUGUGGUUGUUUCCAUGAAGGUAGUGGUCUAAAUUGCGAAAAGCCAUAGAC